CGAUCACACAUACAUUGAUUCAAAACUGUGGUGUUUGGCAGCCCUGCACUUCAAUCAGUGACGUGCAGGUUCAGACAGCUCCGACAACAUCAAUCUGUCAAAGCGAUAAACCGCAUGAAGGAGAAAUAAACGGGCAUUAGACAGAAGACAACCAAACGGUGUGGUUAUCAUUUCUAUAUCACAAGCUAUUUCGGCCUUUGAUACAAAAUGGUGGAAUCUGCAGAAAUUCGCUUCGUGGAUGUCGUAAAGCCCUUUACAGGCGAUGGUGAUGUCGUCGGAUGGCUGGAUCGCUUUGAUAGGGCUGCAGAAUUGCGCAAAGUGAAAAAUGUUGCAGAACUGUUGCCGCUGUUUUUAGAUGGCGGAGCAGCCCUGGUGUACGAUCGCUUGAGCGAUGAGAAGAAGAAAGAUUCAGAGGCAAUAAAGGUGGCGCUUAGAAAAGCCUUUGGUCCGGAUCCGGCUGAAUCUUACGCAUCGUUCAUUGGCGCGCAGUGGGCUGGCGAACCACCCGAACAGUACCACCAAAAGUUAUGCCGUUUAAUGAAAGACGCAGGCAUCAAAGGCGACGAGGUGUUACGUGCACAAUACUGCCACGGGUUGCCCUUGGCGGUUAGAAGCGCGCUGCAUGCGAUGACAGAAAAUUUGACCGACACCGAGAAGCUUCUAGAUGCGACGCGAUCUCUUCUCCGCGAGUACGGGAAGCGGCAAGCAGAUGAAAGAGUGCGCGUGAACGACAACAUGGCGGCUGCAGCUAUUGUUAACCGGCGGUAUACAGAGCAACAACAAAGAGAAACAAUGCAGGUAUGCUCGCGAUGUGGGGGACAGCAUUCGGCAAAAAAGUGUAAAACUCCAAAGCAACCACCUCUAUGCUGGACGUGUGGGCAGGUAGGGAAUUUUCAGCGUAAUUGCCCUGCGGGAAACGGACAAGGGAGUUCUACGGCGCCAGCGGAUCUCCCACGACAUGCUUAG